CUUGAAACUACAUUUUUAAAUUAUUCUUCUAGUAGCAAUAAAGAUACUUGUGUAUGAUAAAUUUUUGUCAGCGCAGUUUAUUUUUAACUGCAUUCCUAAUUAAAUAACAGAAUGUAAAAACGUUAGUUAUCAUCUAAAAUAAUUUUUUUUGAAGAAUUUAGAACGUUAAAAGUUUGUGAGAUAGUGUUUGUUGUGAUCUAAAAGAUGACUGUUACAACUAAGGCAAUAGAAACAGUGGAGCUGCACAUUGAUCGGAAUUAUUUUCAAAUUUUAUCCAUAUUUUCCGGUUGCCUGAUAUCCCUACUAAGUGGAACAUUACUUGCCUGGCCAUCACCGUUUAUUGUAAAAAUAAUUCAAGAUGAAACCUAUAGCAUUACAGAAGCCGAAGCAUCAUAUUUCACAGUUAUCCAACCAUUAGGAAUGUGCGUAUUUUCUCCAUUUUUCGUUCCGGUUACAAACAGUAUAGGAAGAAAAAGGACUACUUUAAUAGCAGCGAUUCCUCUAAUGACCAGCUUACUUAUUAAAGCUUUCGCCAAGAAUGUUUGGUUGCUGUAUCUUUCAAGAUUUCUUGCUGGUGCAGGGGACGCUAUAGUUUUUUCUUCUUUACCAUCGUAUAUUGGAGAAAUAUCGACCCCAAAAGUUCGUGGUAUAUGGGGAAAUGUUUUUAUUUGCUCAGUGUUUUUUGGACAAUUCGUUAUGAACAUAGUCGGUAGUUACUUUAGCGUACAAAAUACUUCUUUUAUACUAUUAAUUAUACCAAUAGCAUUUCUGCUUACAUUCAGUUUUAUGCCAGAAUCUCCAUAUUUUUAUACAAUGAAAGGCAAAUAUAUUGAAGCAAAAGAAAGUCUACAGCGAUUAAGACGUACAAAAGAUGUGGAUAACGAAUUUGAAGAUAUUAAAAUAGCGGUAGAAAGGCAGAUGAAAGAAUCGGGUACUUGGAAGGAUCUCGUGACGGUGAAAGCCAAUCGGAAAGCUUUGGUUGCUUUGCUUUUUUUAAGAACUUCGCAAACUUUUACUGGAAUAUACGUUUUUGCAGCUUACACACAAUUCAUUUUCGAAAAAGCUGGCGGAAAUUUUAGCGCUCAAACUUCUGCUAUCCUUUAUACGGGACUAACUUUUCUCAUGUAUUCAAUAUCCUCUAGUUUUUCUGAUAAACUAGGAAGAAGGGUAGCUUUUAUUACCUCCAUGUUUUUGGCCAGCAUAGUUGUGUUUGCUGAAGCAACAUACUUUCUAAUAGAUAUUAAAUAUAAAAGCGUAGAUUUGAGUGACCUACAAUGGUUUCCUUUGGCCGGAAUGUUGACGUUUGUUAUAGUUUCUUCGUUUGGGGUUGGAAUCAUUCCAACAUUAAUGUACUCAGAACUUUUUUCGGCUAGCGUUAAAGCUCAAGGUAUAAGUGCAGCAACUGUAGCUUUCUCACUAAUCAGUAUUCUUGUAAAUAAUAUAUUUUAUUAUUUUAACGCGGCUACCGGUUUGUAUGGACCAUUUUUCUUAUUUGGAUGUUCUAAUGUGCUGUCUACUGCUAUAGCUUAUUUUUUGAUACCUGAAACUAAAGGUAAGACUCUAGAAGAAAUACAACAAAUGUUAAAAAAAUAAAUGAAAAGUUAAAACAGUGUUUUAUUUUUUUAUAACUCUAUAGAAUGGUGUAGAGAGAAUGAAUAAAUAAAGAAAUAAAAAAUAAAGUACGUAAAACAUGCAAUUAUCUCUAAACCCCUCUGAGCAAAUAAUAACUGAAAAAUCAAUUUCUCAUUCAACUCUACUGCUUUAAGGAUAUUCUCAAUUUUCUCAUAAAUCUUUGUAAAAGAAAAUGAACCCAAGGUGGAUGAAAUUCAAUUUUGAGUUGCAUUAAAAAUUAUUAAGUGAAAGCCACCACGGAGUUAUAGAUACUUUAGCCCUGGGAUAGAAUCUACUUAGUUAUUAUUAUUUUUUGCUUGGAAGUUCUUUAAAGUCUUUGUUUUUAGCAGGAAUUAUUAAAUUCUCCUCAACUAAAGCAGGAAUAGAAAUUUCAUAAAGGGCGAGUAAAUGUGCUUUCUCAGUUUAUUAGAUAAUACUUACACAUUUUUGAAUUUUAAACACAUUUUGAGCAGCAGUCCCCAAUUUUUUUUGCUUGCUUAAAACCGGAAUAAAUUGUAGAAACAUAUUAGUAAUAAUUAGAGCUAGGAAUAUAUGCAAAACGUCAUAUUUUGCAUAUGUUGCAUAUAUAUACAAUUUUUGAUUUUGAUUUUGUUAAUUUUCUGGCAUAUAUCUGACGUACUUAUUGGCUGGACAUAUUAAAAUUAUGAGUUUUGGACCAAAAUAAUAUUUUGUGAAAUGCCUUUACAGGUCGAUGUCCUAAAAUUUUGAAGGAUUAACUUUUCCCUGUAAUAAAUAACGGUUAAUGGUGUAGGUACUUCAGAGGAUUAAAUUAUAAACACCCUCCUUAAACCAACAAAUUUUGCUAAAUAUCCUUUCAGGUAGUUGUAUUAAUAUCUUCAAAUUUCUAAAUGACUCAGUUUACUGUCAACUUUAUUUCAGUCUUUAUUGUUGUGUUCUGUUAACCAGUGGGAAAAAUGGCAAAAUUAAUUGAGUCGUAGGUAAAAUCUGAUUCAGAUUUUGUUGUAGAAGGUGAUAAACAGGUGUUUUUUAAAACAUGUUCUAAAAUUGUGUGUAAUUUUUUAUUUUAUAUUUUAUUUUGACCUUUCACAAUGAUAAAUCAAACGACAGUAAAAUAUUAUUUCAACUCACAGUUAAAAAAAAGUAGGGCAACUUUACAACGUACGCAUUUAUUUAAUUUAAUUAAAACUUCAACAUCUACAGGAAUUUAUUUGUUUUAGAUUCCAUGUAAAAAUAAGUUUCAAAUCGACCAACACGCGAAAACGCCCUCACAUAUAGCAAAGCAGAAAUCUAAAGACACUCGCAGACCAAGUCAACUUCCCUUGAAACAAUAUUUGGAAUCUGGAUCGUCUAGAAGUGAACAAGCUUUUUUUAAUGAAGAUUUAUGCAAAGCUUUAGUGACUUUAAAUAUCCCCUUAAUACGAUUAAAUAAUCCAAAUAUCUGAUAAUUUUUGCAAAAAUACUGUAAAUUUAAUAUUCCAGAGCAAUGUAUGUUAUGCAAACGUGGUGUUGACAGUUUGUACAUUGAGACUCGUGAAAAAAUUCGUGAGAUUACCGUUGGAAAUCAUUUUUACAUUAUUGUGGAUGAAACAACAGACUCUUGUGGUCGAUAUAUAGCCCAUUUAAAGAUAGGUUCAUUACCCGAAGAAAUGCAAAUUGGUCCAUAUCUAAUCGCUUCAAAGCAAUUAGAUAAAACAAAUAACCUGACAAUAACUCGUUUUAUCCAGACAUAAUUGUCUUCUUUUUUUCUUCCGGAAGCCGUUCCAACAGAAAAAUGUUUAUUGCUGUUAUCCGAUGCUGCCCCGUACAUGGUAAAAGCCGCACAAAAUUUAAAAAUGUUUUAUGAAAUCUUAGUCCAUGUUACAUGUUUGGCUCAUGGCCUUAACAGAAAUUAGGUCUAACUUUCCUUUAAUAAAUGAUUUAAUUAGUAAUGUAAAAAAAAUAUUACUUAAAGCUCCUCUAAGAACUCAAUUGUACAAAGAAAAAUUUCCUGAAUUACAGAUGCCACCGGAACCUGUGAUUACUCGGUGAAGUACCUGGCUUAAAGCUGCCUUUUUUUGCGCAGAUAAUGAUGAAAAAAUUAAAAAAAUCAUAUUUGAUUUUGAUGAGUCGUCUAAAGGAAUAUAAUAAUGUUUUUAAAAAAUUAUGCAUUUGUACCCAAAAUUAUAUUAGAUUUAGAACAAAAAAAUUUACCUUUGGUGACUUUAAAUUUAAUUAAGACGUUUGAAUCAGAGUGUAAAAAUGUAAAAAUAUUGGAAAGACGAUUUUUCAUAAAUUUUCAAAUGUAAUUUUAAAAAAUGGAGGAUUUAUUGUUUUAAGAAACCUUGCUAAUAUUUAUUCUGGUAACUUUGAAGAUAUUAAUACUAUUCAUCCAGAUAUUUCAGGAAAAUUUAAGUUUGCACCUAUUACUUCUGUAGAUGUCGAAAGAAGACAAUCAUUUAAUACAGAUAAUUUAGAAAAACAUCUAAUUGUUCAUUCGUUUUAUAAUAAUGUUGAUUUGUAAAUAAAAUUAGUUAAUAAUUAAAUAAUUAUUAAGUAAUAUAUUAG